AUGGUUCCCGGGAGACUAAUGACACCUUCAGCAAAUCCAUUAUCUAAGGAAAAAAAAUUGGGAAAAAGUGAAGGACUCAUAAAUUUGGUACUAUUAUCUAAAGAGAUAGAAUACCUUGUGGGCGGCGUGUCGUCAACGUUGAUUUUCAGCCGACGACAUUCAACCUCAGAUGACCUAAUCGGGUUGAGCAGCAGGUUCUUACAGUCCUCUGACGAGAAAAAGCCAUUGUCCAAAUUGAUUAAGCCGUUGGGCCUCAUCACCAUAGUGUUUGUUCAAGACUCGGACGAUAGUCCCCAAUGGCAAAGUCAGGAAGCUCAACAAAACAUCUACGAAAUCGCUAUCUGCCUCCACAUAAAGAACUUUAGUCUUUUGCUUGUUUAUAAUGGCUUUCAAGGAGUGAUGAGGCCAUCGGUUAAGGCGCAAGACGAAGUCAGAGACGCUUUCAGUAUGCUCAGAGCCUGCACCAGAAAGCAAAACGAAUUGAUUAUCAGGAUAAAAGGCCAAAAAAGCAUAUUCAUAGUCAAAUGUUGGUUAUUUUCCCAAACCUCUUCUAGGCCAACAACCAGCUCGAGUUCUUCGACAUUAGAUAAUGGGAUUUUGAGGUUAUUGAGAACAGAAAGUCCAGUGGCUGAAGACAAUGGCGUCACAGUUAAAUCAUCGGUCACCAUAUAUAUAAUUAACUGGUGGGACAUCUAUUGUGCACUUCAUCGCAAGAUGUACCUUGUGGGCGGCGUGUCGUCAAUGUUGAUUUUCAGCCGACGACAUUCGACCUCGGACGACCUUAUCGGGUUGAGGAGCAGGUUCUUACAGUCCUCUGACGAGAAAAAGCCAUUGUCCAAAUUGCGUAAGCCAUUGGGCAUCAUCACCAUAGUGUUUUUUCAAGACUCGAACAAUAGUACCCAAUGGCAACGUCAGGAAGCUCAACAAAACAUCUGCGAAAUCGCUAUCGGCCUCCACAUAAAGAACCUUAGUCUUUUGCUUGUUUAUUAUGGCUUUCAGGGAACCUCUAGACAUUGGCCUCAGUGUUCUUGUUUCACAAACUUUCUUAAUGAUGGUCCGAAAAGGCCAUUGGUCAGCGCCGAAUUAGAGGCAAGAGAUGCCUUCAAAAUGCUCAGAGCCUACAUUACCUCUUCCAAUCCAAUGUUAAGCUCCAAUUCUUCCACAUCAGACAACGGAAUUCCCAGCCGGUCCAAAAUAGAAAGGCUUGAGGUCACACACAAUGGAGUAACGUUGAAGGAGACAAAUAAUCAAUAUUCCCAGGAAAUCCAGUGUUUCCAACAAAAUGAAGUUCAGGAAAUCCUACUUCGAAUCAAGACUCGCCUCAUUAUAUCCGAACGUCACACUCCUCAUCUCGGCCCCUUUGGUGUCCGUAAUACCAAGUUCCACAAGAAUUCUCAAGACGGACCCCACCACAUAAGGCGCCACACGCAUUUCAUCACUGAUUAUAAAGGAAGCAUCUUUCAUAAUGGGAUUUUGAGGCUGUUAAGAAUUGAAAAGCCCGAGAAGGAAGACAAGGGAGUCACAGUUAAAUCGUCAGUCACCAUAUACAUAUUGCUUGAUCAGAUCAACUGGCAGGAAACCUAUCUCGCACUUCAUCGCAACAUGGUUCAUCGGUCACUCACCUCAUUGAAUCCGAAAGUUACACUCCUUUCCUCGAUCCCGACUGUAUCCAUAAUGCCUAAGUUGCGGAGAAUUUGCAUAGCGGAACUCAUCACGUUAGGCAAUACUUGA